AUGGAAACCACAGCGACUAACACCCUCCAAAUCGACUUCUCAUGGAAGAAGUUCCAAGUUCUAAUCACCCGUCUCCAUGAUACUACUUCCGAACCUGUCUACAUCCUAGACACGCAAACACUCAAAAAACCAACCUUGAUCUUCCGACGAGCAAAUUCCAACCCCGACCCCAUCGGCACAGGAACCAUGCACGUCUUCAACAUCAACCCAGACUACACCCUCCACUCACACAAGGGGAAACUCACGGCGCAGAAACGCUGGCAGACAGAAUACACGUACCGAUCAGAUGCAUUUUCCAGCUCAGACAAGCCGACAACCAUGACCUGGACCAGUACCAGCGGAUUUAAGAACUGGGAUUUUAUCUGUCUAGAUGAGAAUAUGUUGCCCGUGGCGCGGUUCUCGUCAAGUCUCUGGGCGGUGCGCAAAUUGGGUCAGAUUGAUUUUUUGGGUGAUAGAGCGGACGAUGAGAAUGCCAGGGAGGAAAUCGUGGUGACGGGAUUGACGCUGUAUUUUUGUAUGGUCUUGCGUACGACGAGUAUUUUGCAGUUUUUUGGGGCGGUGUUUUACCGGGGGAAGUAA